AUGUGUCUGCAGACGCAGUGUCACUCUGCGUCUCCUCCUAAUGUGAUUUCGGAACCAAGGCACUUUUUCCAAGUAGGAUUAUGGAGUCUGGGGAGCGUUCUGAUGACUGGGGGUCAUCUCAUUCACGCCGUGUUGAUACCCGUCUGGAACCCUGUCGACAACAUCGCUGUGCUACAACUCAAUAUAGCAACAUCUGCAAUAGCAAUGGCUAAUCUGGAUGACAUAACAGGUGUUUUGCCCUCUCCCACCACCACCCUGUCGUCCGAGUGGGUAUCAGCGUCCUCUCCGGGGGGCGCUAGCGAGGAGCUGAGUGAGGGAUUGGAUAAGCCUCUGGAGAACGAUGCGGAGGGCGUGUGGAGUCCAGAUAUCGAGCAGAGCUUUCAGGAGGCGCUGGCCAUCUAUCCGCCCUGCGGCCGACGCAAGAUCAUUCUCUCUGAUGAGGGCAAGAUGUACGGACGGAAUGAGCUGAUUGCGCGAUACAUCAAGCUUCGAACGGGAAAGACACGGACCAGGAAACAGGUCUCCAGUCACAUUCAGGUGUUGGCACGACGGAAAGCUCGGGAAAUUCAGGUGAAACUCAAGGACCAGGUUGCCAAAGACAAAGUCAUGCAGAGUAUGUCCACCAUGUCUUCAGCUCAGAUCAUCUCAGCCACAGCCUUUCAGAAUAAGAUGGCUCUGCAGGGCCUCUCGCGGCCGACCUACCCGACCGCUGCUGGGCAAAUAUACCCCAGCGACUUAACACUGCUUUUGUGCUCCAGGGUCACAUUUAUGUCUUUUCCAAACAGCAUCAAGCCUUUUUCUCAGCAAAACUUCCUCAUGCAGGCCACCGGUCCUCCUCCUAUAGCAGGUUAUGAAAGCGCUUCGGGUCUGUCGGUGUCCUGGCAGGGCCGCAGCAUCGCCAGCUCCAACCUGCGCAUGCUGGAGUUCUCUGCUUUCCUGGAGCAACCUCAGGAUCCAGAGACUGUCAACAAGCACCUGUUUGUUCACAUCGGGCAGUCCAACCCCACGUUUAGCGAUCCGUACCUCGAGGCCGUGGAUGUACGGCAAAUUUACGACAAAUUCCCAGAGAAGAAAGGAGGGCUGAAGGAGCUGUUUCAGAAAGGACCGGCUAACGCUUUCUUCCUCGUAAAGUUCUGG